AUGCUCAUUGCCAAGAAAAUUGCCACCACUUCCUCGUUGGAAGAAGCUCAUAGCUCUGACAAUCGAGUCAGCAAGCGAGCAGGCAGGGGCCUUUGCGACUUUUUCGUCGGUUUCCAAGGGUACUGCCAAGCCUACUCAGGUGUUGUGCAGCUCAUGGGCGGCCUCGAUCAGAGUUUUGUGACGGGUGCUCUCCAAGUAUUAGGGCUCUUUCUGGUGGUUGCUGUGAAUAAAAGAGAAACAGAAACGAGAAUUCAUGGCAUGAUCAAGACGUUGACCUCCGAGUACGCAAGAAUCCGAAAGAUUGUUGGGAUUUACAGCAGUAGCAUCAUAUUACGAGAAUGUGUUGCUACUGUUUACCGUCUCGGUAUCGAAUUCCUGCGAGAGGCAACUGUUUAUUACUCUUACGGUUCCUGGAGGAGGCUUUGGCAUGUGAUAUCCAGCCCGCCACACAUCGAUCUGGACGCCAAGAUAUCAGAUUUACGAAGCGCCAUUGACGAACUCGUCAAGGAGCGUGAUGUUGAGGCUCACUUGCGCCUUGGUAGAGUGGAGAGCAAAAUAAAUGCUAGCCUUGAGCAAACAAAACAUGAGAGAUCGGAUGCCAGACUUGAAAAGAUCCGCACACUUCUGGAUCUUCCUCGCACGAACGCUUCCAAUCAGCUGAAGGCCUUUGCCUCCUUACUCGAAACUGAGUUCUCUCACCUUAGGAAACUACCUCCUUUCCAAGUGGAUGCUUUAACGUCCAAUAUUUCAUUCAGCGGUUGGUUGGAAGAAGCAGCCCACAUCAAAUCAUCGACUUUCCUCCUCAUCCAGGGCCGAACUAUCGCUCCCUGGGACUCCCCUCUAGCAUGGGCAUCUCAGGCCACUGUAGAGGCUGUGCGGCUUUUGCAAGACAAGCAAGCCAUCUCUGCAUGGUACCUUUGCAAGUCAGACAGUACACAAGAACCUGGUAGCACAAAUCUUCAUCCGGUCCCGACUGCCGCUCUUGUCCUCCUUUCUCUCGGUUACCAGCUAUUAGAAACGACGUCCGCAGGCCGAGCGGUACUUGCAGAAUCAAGUAGCCCGGACUCCGAGCCUCAUAUCCGUGAUCUCCUGGACAAGGUGCAAACUUGUCGGUCAAUGGUUGAAACCCGUAAGGCCGGAAAGGGCCACGUGGCGGCAAUAGAUUGCUCAAAGGCUGCAAUGGCGUUUCUGCGAGCAUCUAUUGCUUCCAUUGCGCAGAACACAUGUAAAUUGCUCCCCGAUCCGGGACAAGUUGUAUUCCAUCUGGCGGUAGAUCGAUUCGAGGUUCUGCCACAGCACGAUACUUUGCUUCUGGAGCCUUUGAUGGACUUAGUACAGAGGCCAGAGCCGGGGACAGCUGUGAAGGUCAUAGUAGUUGGAGAACGCCAGUUCGGAGGGGACUCCAGAGUUUCCGAGUUUGUCGCAAAUUAUCAAGAUAGCUCUGCGUGGAAAGCGAUUGAGCUAGAUCAAGGGAGUUGA